AUGUUCCAAGACCUCAGAGAUUCCAACAGCUCAAAGUUCCAGGUCUCUGAGUUCAUUCUGUUGGGAUUCCCAGGCAUUCACAGCUGGCAGCACUGGCUCUCCCUGCCCCUGGCUCUGCUCUACCUCUUAGCUCUCAGCGCCAACAUCCUCAUCCUGAUCAUCAUCUAUAGGGAGGCAACACUGCACCAGCCUAUGGAGGCAACACUGCACCAGCCUAUGUAUUAUUUCCUGGGCAUCCUGGCCAUGGUAGACAUGGGUCUGGCUACCACCAUCAUGCCCAAGAUUUUGGCGAUCUUGUGGUUCAAUGCAAAAGCCAUCAGUUUCCCUCAGUGCUUUGUACAGAUGUAUGCCAUACACUGUUUUGUGGGCAUGGAAUCAGGCAUCUUUGUUUGCAUGGCUAUAGAUAGAUAUAUAGCCAUUUGUCGACCACUACGCUAUCCAUUGAUAAUUACUGGCUCCUUUGUGGUCAAAGCAACUGUGUUCAUGGCACUCAGAAAUAGCCUGACUACUAUCCCAAUUCCUGUGUUUGCAGCUCAGAGACAGUACUGCUCAAAGAACCAAAUUGAGCACUGUCUUUGCUCGAAUCUUGGAGUCACUAGCCUAUCUUGUGAUGAUGACAAGACAGUCAAGAGUAUCUACCAGCUACUUCUGGCCUGGACACUCAUGGGAAGUGAUUUGAGUUUGAUUAUUUUAUCAUACGCCUUGAUACUUCAAUCUGUAUUGAAGCUGAACUCAGCAGAAGCUGCAUCCAAGGCCUUAAGUACUUGCACUUCCCACCUCAUCCUAAUUCUUUUCUUCUACACAGUCAUUAUUGUCAUUUCUAUCACCCACAGUGCAGCAAUGACAAUUCCCCUCAUCCCAGUUCUACUCAAUGUACUCCAUAAUGUUAUUCCUCCUGCCCUCAAUCCCAUGGUCUAUGCACUCAAGAACAAGGAGCUCAGACAGGGCUUGUAUAAAGUUCUUAAACUGGACUUCAAAGGCAACUAA